GUUGCAAUCGUUUUGCGAUCUGACAUCAGAAUCAUCGCUGGAUCGAGCCGGUCUACAAUAUGGCGUGGAUGAGGUUCGAUUCUUUCUCUUUAAUAUGAACUCUCUCCGUAAUAACAUCUGACGUAUACAUAUAUAUAUAUAUUUAAUCUCAGUACUUAAGCUCGAGAAUAAUUCGUCCACAUUAUGUUUAUCGUCGAUAUAAGCUAGAAUUUCUUAAUGGUAAAGAAAAGAUGAUCACGUAUUCAACUGCAGAAAUACUGCUUAAGGUAAGAGAAUACCGACUCUAUUGAUUCUGUACCUGACAAGGUGAAGUGAGAUACCUGGCUUUAUAAUAAAUCCGAUACUGAUAUCACAUCAUGUCACAGGGUUAUUAUGUUAAAUCUACAGAUGGAAAUAUGAAAGAUAAAAAAAACACUAUUUCUAGGAUACAGAGAUUGAAAAGACAUUUGAGUUGUGGAUUUGGUAGACUUUCCGUAUCCAAAGAAGACAUUGUUCCCGAAUUCGAUCAAGACAACGAGAAUAUCGAAGUAACAAAGGUUACUUUGAACGGAUUAGACGAAGAUAGAACGGAAAUUUUAUGCCCGUCAACAGCCACGACGCUCUGUACUCCCUUAUCCGAUACGGUGGAUAACUAUAAGACUCUAUACGAACCGAACGGCAAUAUAAGACCUCCACCUCGCACAAGCUCUACCCACAGCCAUCUAGAUAAUUAUAGCAAAAGACACGGCAAACACGCAGUUAGUCCAGUGAAACGCCAGUGGUCAGCACAGGAAUGGGUCAUCCCUCGCGAAGAACUAGCCAAAAUCACAGAACGAGAAUUCCGAUUACAUAUACCACGACGACCCAAAUCCGAAGUCAUCUGUGGAGGAGAGAGAAUGAAAUCCAGUCGUUACUCCGGAAUCCCAUUCUCGGGAAAUUUAACUUUUGGGAAAACAGAAGCAUACAUUAAAUUAGAACAAUUAGGAGAAGGAUCAUAUGCUACAGUUUACAAAGGAUAUAGCAAAAUGAAAGGAGUUUUCAAGAGCAACUUGAUUUAUCAGCUCAUCUAUUGUACAAGAAUUAAUCUAUUAAAUGCAGCAAACUUCAGUGUUAUAAACAGUUUUCAUUACAGAUGCAAUUUAAUUUCGAAAAUGGGCUUUGCUGCAACACACUUCCAUUCAGCUUCACUGUUGAGAGGAUUGAAACAUGCCAACAUCAUCACUUUACAUGACAUAAUUCAUACUAGAGAAACAUUAACUUUUGUAUUUGAAUUUGUGCAUACAGAUUUGGGACAAUAUUUGGGACAACAUCCAGGUGGACUCCAUCCAAAAAAUAUAAAGCUUUUUCUGUUCCAACUAUUGCGAGGCCUUGCUUAUUGUCAUGACAGACAUGUGCUUCACAGAGAUUUAAAACCACAGAAUUUGCUAAUUAGUGAACUUGGAGAAUUAAAACUAGCAGAUUUUGGUCUAGCACGAGCUAAAUCUGUACCAAGUAGAACAUAUUCUCAUGAAGUGGUGACUCUCUGGUAUCGCCCACCAGAUGUUCUUUUAGGUUCUACAGAUUAUUCAACAUCAUUAGAUAUGUGGGGUGUAGGUUGCAUAUUCAUAGAAAUGAUUUAUGGUUCUGCAGCAUUUCCUGGUCUUAAAGAUGCUGUUGAUCAGUUAGAUAAAAUUUGGAAGGUUUUGGGUACACCAACAGAAGAAACUUGGGAGGGUGUAUCACGCUUUCCUAAUUAUAAACCAGAGAAGUUUAAGAUUUAUAAGCCACAACAUUUGUCUGCUGCAUUUCCCAAACUUAUCAAAAUGGCAAAUGCUGAAAAGUUGGCAUCUAGUUUCCUUCAGUUGCAACCUCAUCUUAGGAUAUCGGCCACUCAAGCAUUACAUCAUAAAUAUUUCUCUGACCUUCCCUCUAAAGUAUAUGAUUUACCUGAUCAAGCAUCUGUGUUUAAUGUUCCCAGUUGCAAACUUAGUCCAGAGACUCACAAUCAUCCACUGUCUGUGAUUGAAGCAGCAGCUAAAUUGCAACGCUAGUAUCCAUGAUAACUGUGAUAGGUAAGAAGAUAUAAAAUACCAAACAUCUUGUUUGUUUAUUUUUCUCAUCAUUUUCAAUCUCAUGCAAAAUGAACUGAUUUCGUGUCAGUGAUUUUCGGCGAUCGAACUUUAUACGACCGAAAAAAUCGUAUGUCGUUAUUUAUAAUUCAUCAGUCUGCCAAAACAAGAAAGAAUCUCAUUCCAAAUCGAAAAUAACUUAGAGUUAUAAAAAAAAUUUUAUAUAUUGUCUAUGAAAAUUGCUUUAAUAAUGUGUGCAUGAAUAUUUAAAAAUUCCAUUUAUUUAUAAUGCACUUCUGUCUAUCACAUUUUUGUACAUUGUGCAGUAUUAUAUGGAUCUCAUGAUCACUUUUUCAAAACAUUUCACCGGUAUGGGCUUACUUCGACUCCAUACAACUCGAACAAAUCACACAAGUUAAAAAAUUAGUCCAUUCUUUAUAAAGUUUAGAGUUCCUACGUCCUAUUGCAAACCCAUCUUUUCCAAACUUUUCUUGAAAUUCAAUGCAACAUUAAUUACAUUUUUAAUGAUCCAAAAAACAAAUACAUAUAUACAUAUAUAGAACAAUAAAUUUAUAAGAUAUUUAUGAAAAUAAUUCCAAUAAAUAAAACC